AGCUUGGGAGACUGUCUUGUUUGAAACAAUCAUCCAUUGCUCCAAUAUAAGUACUCACCUGCUGGCCACAGAACUUGCUCGAGGCAAGGCAGACAAACAGAAACAGGGGUUCAGAUACAAGUAAUCUCUCUCUCUCCAAUUCGUGAGCUACAUCAAGCAAAAUGGACAAGAGCAUUCCUGUAGUUAGCAAGAUUUUUUGCUCAGGCACUCCAACAAUGCUGAUGAUAAGGAUGAGACCUAUUGUAGUGAACGGUGGUGGUUUUGUUGUUACUGACCUCAGUCAUAACAUUGUAUUCGUCGUAGAUGGUUGUGGAAUACUUGGAUCCAAGGGAGAGCUUAUGGUCAAAGACGGUGAAGGAGAACCAAUAUUAUUCAUCUCUAAAAAGGGAGGAAUUGUCCAGGCGCUAAGCACAAGGAACAAAUGGAAUGGAUACUCCAUGGAUUACCAAGGGAAAAACAAGUUGGUUUUUAGCCUAACUGAUCCGAAAUUAUGCACAGCACAAGGUGCUCCAAUUAGAAUUCAUAUUGAACCUAAGAGGCACUGCAAAAAUUGGGAUUUCGAAAUUGGUGGAUCUUUUGCAGAUAGAGACUGUACAAUAGUUGAUUGCACCAGAAAAAUAGUAGCCCAGAUGGGCACGAAAGAGCCAAUAGGAGGCAAGGACUUCUACCAUGUGGAAGUGCAGUCAGGAUAUGACCAAGCUUUCAUCAUUGGGGUGAUGGCAAUUCUUGACAACAUACAUGGAGAAUCCACUAGAUGCUGAUAACAUGAAUUAGAGAAUUUGCUCUUGUUUAUAAGAGUAGACUAAUGUUCAAUAGCACUUAUCUUGCAACAUACUUUCAUCUUCAAGUAAGAAACAGACACAUGCUGGCACCAUCAUAAUGAUUGUAUGACUAUGACCCGCAUUGAAUAAUAUCCACAGGCCAGCUGAUAAUAUGAGCCUAACUUUCACUGCCA